AUUUGCUGGGAAAGAAUCUAAGCCACACAACGACAACUUCAAAACAUAAAUCCCCAUUACUUUGGACACACACUUUUGUUGUCUUGUCUGGUGUCAUGGCAAUGGCUGCUAUUGCUUCCUCUGCUUCAAUCAGCACUACUCACCACCACAGCUCUUUGGUCUUUCCACCGAAACAACAACACCACCAUCACCUUAGAAUUCGAUGCAAUGGAACAAACCCAAAUCAACAAGACGACUCACAAGCCCAGAACAAUCCACUUCUCAAGAUCGCAUGGUAUAGUUCUGAGCUUCUUGGCAUUGCUGCCUCUGCUUUCCGUUCCCCUUCUGGUGUGGAAGCUCCUCCACAGAGGCUUCUUGAGACUAUUGACCGUGCCGCGGUUGUGGACACUAUCAAACAAGACUUUCAAAGAUCAUAUUUUGUCACAGGCGAUCUCACAUUAAAUGCUUAUGAAGAAGAUUGUGAAUUUGCGGAUCCAGCAGGCUCCUUUAAAGGCCUUCAGCGUUUCAAAAGGAACUGCACUAAUUUUGGAACCCUUUUGGAGAAGUCAAAUAUGAAGCUUAUGAAAUGGGAAGAUUUUGAGGAUAAAGGAAUUGGCCACUGGCGAUUCAGCUGUAUCUUGUCCUUUCCUUGGAGGCCCAUUCUUUCUGCAACUGGAUACACAGAAUAUUUCUUUGAUGUACAAUCUGGAAAAGUAUGCAGGCAUGUGGAGUACUGGAAUGUUCCAAAAAUGGCUUUGUUCAAGCAAAUUCUAAGGCCUAGCCGGGGAUUUGGCUUAAAAAAUUAUAUGAGUAGGUUGUUGAAAGCUUUCCAGGUGAAGCUUUAAGUUACAAUGGUUUUGUGAUAGUGUCAAUAUUUCAAUGUAUACACCUACAAAGCUGCCAAAGUUGGAUUCUUGAUGUAACCUGAUGAAGAUAUCUGGCUUCAAAUACUGAGAUCAAGGAUCAAUCUGGACAUUCCUUGCAUCUGAAGAAGUAAUUUCAGAAGUGUAUGGUAGAAAAUUAGACAUGGUAGUAGGUAUCUCCUGUAAAUAUAUAGUUUACAGAAUUAAUUACUUGUUUGAAAAGUCACUUUUGUUACUAGAGAAACAAUAAAUAAAAGAGGAAACAUACACUGACUUAUUGGA